AGAGUCGCACUAGGAGUUGCAGCGGCCGCAGCCCCGAGACCUUCCCGCUCGCGGAGACCCAGACGGCUGCAAGAGCCCCGGCAGCCUCGGGGUCGACCGCACCAUGAACGUCUCUGGCUGCCCAGGAGCCGGGAACGCGAGCCAGGUGGGCGGCGGGGGCGGCUGGCACCCCGAGGCGGUCAUCGUGCCCCUGCUCUUCGCGCUCAUCUUCCUCGUGGGCACCGUGGGCAACACGCUGGUGCUGGCGGUGCUGCUGCGCGGCGGCCAGGCGGUCAGCACCACCAACCUGUUCAUUCUCAACCUGGGCGUGGCCGACCUGUGUUUCAUCCUGUGCUGCGUGCCCUUCCAGGCCACCAUCUACACGCUGGACGGCUGGGUGUUCGGCUCGCUGCUGUGCAAGGCUGUGCACUUCCUCAUCUUCCUCACCAUGCACGCCAGCAGCUUCACGCUGGCCGCCGUCUCGCUGGACAGGUAUCUGGCCAUCCGCUACCCGCUGCACUCCCGCGAGCUGCGCACGCCUCGAAACGCGCUGGCAGCGAUCGCGCUCAUCUGGGGACUGUCGCUGCUCUUCUCCGGGCCCUACCUGAGUUACUACCGCCAGUCGCAGCUGGCCAACCUGACCGUGUGCCAUCCUGCGUGGAGCGCCCCUCGCCGCCGCGCCAUGGACCUCUGCACCUUCGUCUUCAGCUACCUGCUUCCGGUGCUGGUUCUCGGCCUGACUUACGCGCGCACCCUGCGCUACCUCUGGCGCGCCGUCGACCCGGUGGCCGCGGGCUCGGGUGCCCGGCGCGCCAAGCGCAAGGUGACACGCAUGAUCCUUAUCGUGGCCGCGCUCUUCUGCCUCUGCUGGAUGCCCCACCACGCGCUCAUCCUCUGCGUGUGGUUCGGCCAUUUCCCGCUCACGCGCACCACUUAUGCGCUUCGCAUCCUCUCGCACCUGGUCUCCUACGCCAACUCCUGCGUGAACCCCAUCGUUUACGCGCUGGUCUCCAAACACUUCCGCAAAGGCUUCCGCAAGAUCUGCGCGGGCCUGCUGGGCCGUGCCCCACGCCGAGCCUCGGGCCGCGUGUGCGCUGCCGCGCCGGGCACCCACAGUGGCAGCGUGCUGGAGCACGAGUCCACCGACCUGUCGCACGUGAGCGACGCGGCAGAGGUCCUUCGUCCCUGCCCCGGCGCUUCCCAGCCAUGCACCCUCGAGCCUGAUCCCGGCCCGUCUUGGCGGGGCCCAAAGGCAGGCAACAGCAUCCUGACAGUUGAUGUGACCUGAAAGCACUUAGCGGGCAUGCUUGGAUGUUACAGAGUUGGAGUCAUUGUUGGAGGACUGUGGGGAGAGCUUUGCCUGUUAAUAAAACGCACAAACCGUUUCACA